CACUUGAUUAGAUGAGGAGCAUCUCGGAGCCGGUAUAAUGGGAGCAGAGCGAGAAAACACGAGUGUAUGAGAUCUACAGUCCACCAUCGUUUGGAGGCACAUUCAAAUUGUCGCAAAAAUGAAGAUUUGGAGCACUGAGCACAUAUUCGGCUACCCUUGGGAGACUGUGAUCAAAGCAGCUAUGAGGAAGUAUCCUAAUCCAAUGAACCCUAGUGUUGUUGGAGUGGACGUUCUUGAUAGGAACUUGGACACACAUGGACGUCUACACAGUCAUCGGCUCCUCAGCACAGAGUGGGGGCUUCCAGGGGUUGUCAGAGCGAUUUUGGGGACAAAUCGAACCAUCACGUAUGUAAAAGAACAUUCCAUUGUGGACCCAGAAGAAAAAAAAAUGGAGCUUUGCUCAACAAAUAUAACCCUAACUAAUUUAAUAUCAGUUGAUGAAAGGCUCGUCUACAGGCCUCAUCCAGAAAAUCCAGAGGCCACUGUAUUAACCCAAGAGGCAAUCAUCACGGUGAAGGGGAUCAGUCUGAGCAGCUACCUUGAGGGGCUGAUGGCUCUAACCAUGUCAGCCAAUGCAAGAAAGAGCCCAUGAAUGAGGACCACAUGAUCAGCAGCAGCAGCAGCACCAGCUCUGAAACCACAUCUGGCCUGCCUGACUUUGCCCCGUCUCGCUUUGUGUUGAUGUUUGUACUCGAAGGUAGUCAAAUUAGUGCUCAUUUAUGCACUGUUGGAUUUAAAACCUCAUAAAAUUGCACUAUUACAGACAAAACGUAUAGUUUUGAAUGUCGCUACAAAAUAUGCAUUGCACUGACUACCUCCUAUUUUAGAGUUCUUUUAAUGCCAUAACAGGGAUCCCAGUAUCGAUUGGAUGUUAAUUUGGAAUUAAGCACCUUAAAGUUCAGAGUAUCUAGAAAUGGAAUAAAAAUGUUUCAUGUGUUCUUAAAAUCACGAUUAAGGGGAAUAUGAGGUAAUUUUGUUGUUGGCUUCUUAAAGUUUGCAUGGGUAGUCAUAAAGUGUAAUUAACAGAUAAAGUAUAGCU